AUGAUUGUAGAACAUGAUCCCGAAGCAAUUUUUCAGCAGGACGGCGCCACAAUACACACAACUGACUUUAAUAUUGAUAAUAUUAGAUCAAAAAUUAGAUUAAUUGUAAAGUGGCCUUCAGAUAGUCCCGACUUGAAUGUUAUAGAGAUGGUUUGGGCGAAAGUCAAAAAGAUUUUAUACACAUGGCAUUACAUUGAUCCGAUUAAAGAUCAAAUUGAUCUUCAAAAAAGAUUAGUACGAAUCUGGAGAGAACAGAUAACAAUGGAUUUUAUUAAUUCACUUGUUGAUUCCUUUUUAAUGCGCUGUGCAAUUGUCUAUGACAACGAUGGAAUGUCAAUUAAUUCACUUCCUAAAGGUAAACAUCAUAUUGAACAAAAUGAAAUAGAAAGAAUAAUAGGUGAAGUUCAACUCGAAGAUGCAUACACAGAAGAGGAACUAAUUGCUAAUGUAAUGAGUGAAAGUGAAUUGAUUACUUAUAACAACAAUCGAAAAGCUCUCACUGCAGAUAUUAAUAUAUCUGAUCCAGUCGUCGCGGAAAAGAUUAAAGAUUUUGCUAAAUCUUAUUUACCAAGUAAUUUUCCAUUGUUAAAGAAAUUAGGAAAAGAAUUAGGUACAGAAAAUUGGAACCAAUUGCAGGAUUAUAUGGGGCAAUACCAAGUGAGGUGA